AUGUCUUACACGUAUUCAGAAAGUGAAAGCGUUUAUUUCCUCCAUGACCUGGAGAUGAGUGGCGAGACACUGAUGACUGAAGAGAUCUUAGACGUCUUUGGCAGACCCCUUCCUAUGGAGUCAGCGACCCAAAGUCAUUGGCCACACUCCAGAUUCAGCUAUUAUCAAGAUAAAGAGGAAGUUGUCUUAUGGAUGAAUACUGUUGGACCCUACCAUAAUCGCCAAGAAACGUAUAAGUACUUUUCACUUCCAUUCUGUGUGGGGUCAAAAAAAAGUAUCAGUCAUUACCAUGAAACUCUGGGAGAAGCACUUCAAGGAGUUGAAUUGGAAUUUAGUGGUCUGGAUAUUAAAUUUAAAGAUGAUAUGAUGCCAGCCACUUACUGUGAAAUUGACUUAGAUAAAGAAAAGAGAGAUGCAUUUGUAUAUGCCAUCAAAAAUCACUACUGGUACCAAAUGUACAUAGAUGACUUACCAAUAUGGGGCAUUGUUGGUGAGGCUGAUGAAAAUGGAGAAGAUUACUAUCUUUGGACCUACAAAAAACUUGAAAUAGGUUUUAAUGGAAAUAGAAUUGUUGAUGUUAACCUAACUAGUGAAGGAAAGGUGAAACUGGUUCCAAAUACUAAAAUCCAGAUGUCCUAUUCAGUAAAAUGGAAAAAGUCAGAUGUAAAAUUUGAAGAUCGAUUUGACAAAUAUCUUGAUCCGUCCUUUUUUCAACACCGGAUUCAUUGGUUUUCAAUUUUCAACUCCUUCAUGAUGGUGAUCUUCUUGGUGGGCUUAGUUUCAAUGAUUUUAAUGAGAACCUUAAGGAAAGAUUAUGCCCGCUACAGUAAAGAAGAAGAAAUGGAUGACAUG